AUGAAGGAAGUAGUAGUUGAUAUAGCGCCCAAAAGGAUCAAGGGCCUAGAAUUCAGUGCUCUCUCUGCAAGCGAUAUCGUGGGACAAUCUAAGGUAGAAAUUUCUACUAGGGAUCUCUACGAUCUAGAAAAUGGUAGAAAACCAAAAGAUGGUGGAGCUUUAGAUACUAAAAUGGGAGUGUCGUCCUCGCACGGUGAAUGUUCGACAUGUCAUGGUAACUUGGCCUCAUGUCACGGACACUUUGGACACAUCAAGUUAUCGCUUCCAGUGUUCCACGUCGGCUACUUUAAGGCGACCAUCCAGGUCUUGCAAGCGGUGUGCAAAAGCUGUGCUGCCUUGUUACUCUCAGAAGAAGACAAGAGACAGUUUUUGUCCGAGCUUCGUCGUCCCGGAAUAGAUAAUCUUAGAAGAAUGGGUAUCCUCAAAAAGGUUGUGGAUCAGUGUAAGAAACAAAGACGGUGCCUGAAAUGUGGUAACUUGAACGGUGUGGUUAAAAAAGCCGCCGCGGGAUCAGGUUCCGCUUCACUCAAGAUUCUGCACGACACUUUUAGAUGGGUUGGCAAAAAAUCAGCACCAGAAAAGGAUAAGUGGGUUGGUGACUGGAAAACAGUUUUAUCUCAUAACCCUGAGCUCGAGCGAUACGUGAAAAAAUGCACUGAUGACCUCAAUCCUCUAAAAACCCUCAACUUAUUCAAACAAGUCGCACCCGAGGAUUGCGAAUUGUUAGGUAUUGACAGUUCAGUCAAAUCGGGGAGACCCGAAACUUACAUUUGGCGAUAUUUGCCUGCUCCGCCGGUGUGUAUUCGUCCCUCGGUAAUGAUGCAAGACUCCCCAGCAUCUAAUGAAGAUGAUUUGACUGUGAAACUAACAGAAAUUGUGUGGACCUCUUCUCUAAUCAAGGCUGGGCUGGAAAAAGGUAUAUCGAUCAAUAACAUGAUGGAGCAGUGGGAUUACUUGCAGCUAGCCGUAGCAAUGUACAUCAAUUCGGACUCAGUCAAUCCCGCCAUGAUGCCAGGAGGAAACACUGGAGCGAAAACUAAGCCUAUUAGGGGUUUCUGCCAGAGACUUAAAGGUAAGCAAGGACGUUUCAGAGGUAAUCUUUCUGGUAAACGUGUGGAUUUUUCAGGCAGAACUGUUGUAUCACCAGAUCCGAAUCUAUCCAUUGAUGAGGUGGCAGUUCCAGAUCGUGUGGCCAAAGUUUUAACAUAUCCAGAGAUGGUCACUCGUUACAAUAAACAAAAACUGCAAGAGCUGGUUAUCAAUGGGCCAAAUGAGCAUCCCGGUGCCAAUUAUGUUCUCAAGAAGAAUGAAGAAGCAAGGCGCAACCUGCGUUUUGGUGAUAGAAUGAAACUUGCUAAGAAUCUGCAGUAUGGUGAUGUAGUUGAAAGACACUUAGAAGAUGGAGAUGUGGUUUUGUUCAACAGACAGCCGUCUUUACACAGACUUUCGAUUCUAUCGCAUUUUGCUAAAAUUAGACCUUGGAGGACCUUCCGGUUGAACGAAUGUGUGUGUACGCCUUAUAACGCCGAUUUUGACGGUGACGAAAUGAAUCUACACGUCCCGCAAACGGAAGAGGCAAGGGCAGAAGCUAUCAACUUGAUGGGUGUAAAGAACAAUCUGCUAACGCCUAAAUCUGGAGAACCGAUCAUUGCAGCUACCCAAGACUUUAUCACGGGUUCUUAUUUGAUUUCUCACAAGGAUUCCUUUUACUCACGGACCGAAUUUGUCCAAUUACUCUCUAUGAUGUCUGAUGGUAACUUACAAUUCGAUUUACCUCCACCAUCCAUCAUGAAACCUCAUUACAUGUGGACUGGAAAACAAGUUUUCUCCCUCCUUAUAAAACCUAACAAGGACUCCUCGGUCGUCAUCAACUUAGACGCGAAGAACAAAGUUUAUAUUCCACCAAAGAGAAAAGAGUUUCCAAACGAGAUGUCCCAAAAUGACGGAUAUGUCGUGAUUCGUGGCUCUCAAAUUCUGAGUGGUGUUAUGGACAAAUCUGUCUUGGGUGAUGGUAAGAAACAUUCGGUAUUUUACACUAUUUUAAGAGAUUUUGGGCCUAAAGAAGCGGCAUAUGCUAUGAAUAGAAUGGCCAAACUGUGUGCGCGGUUUUUGGGUAACAGAGGUUUCUCUAUAGGUAUCAACGACGUGACGCCUGGGUACGAAUUAAAGCAGAAAAAAGAAAGCAUGGUCGAAGAGGCAUAUGCGAAGUGUGAUGAUUUGAUUGACCAGUUUGACAAAGGCAGAUUAGAGACGCAACCAGGUUGUAAUGAAGAACAAACCCUGGAAGCUAAGAUUGGUGGUCUACUAUCGAAGGUCAGAGAAGAAGUAGGGGAAGUUUGCAUCAAUGAGCUGGAUAACUUGAACUCUUGUUUAAUUAUGGCCAAUUGUGGUUCCAAAGGUUCCACACUUAACGUCUCCCAGAUGGUGGCAGUUGUGGGUCAACAGAUUAUCUCUGGUAAUCGUGUCCCUGAUGGUUUCCAGGAUCGUUCUUUGCCUCACUUUUUGAAAAACUCCAAGACUCCUCAGUCUAAAGGUUUUGUUAGAAACUCGUUUUUCUCUGGGUUAUCACCUCCAGAAUUCUUAUUUCACGCUAUUUCUGGGCGUGAAGGUUUGGUCGACACAGCUGUGAAAACAGCAGAGACUGGUUACAUGUCGCGUAGAUUGAUGAAGUCCUUGGAGGAUUUGUCUUGCCAAUACGACAACACCAUUAGAACCUCUUCCAACGGUAUUGUUCAAUUUACUUAUGGUGGUGAUGGCUUAGAUCCUAUAGAUAUGGAAGGUAAUGCACAGCCAGUUAAUUUUGUUAGAUCAUGGGAACACGCUAACAAUGUCACAUUCAAUCACAGCGACAAGUGUUUGCUUCCUUUUCAAAUUAUGCAACAAACUAACAAGAUUCUCCAGCCGCUAGAAAAGAGAUUGAUAAGAUACGAUAACUUAGGUCACAAGCUGGACCCAGCGUUUCAGGAUAUGCCUGAGUUUAUUGAUCAGCAUGAUGCUGAAAGAAACUUCUACCAGUCUCUGAGAGACUACCUAUAUGAGAAGGCGUCGCAUCUCGCUGCCAUUAGAACAAACAAGAACUUGAAAGCUCAUUUGGAUGAACCGGCUGUCGAGCUGCAAUCAAUGGAUCUGGACGAGAAUGUUUCAGAUGCCACACUAUUAGCUGUCUGGCAGCUUUGCAAAAUCAGUUCGGCCUUGGUAGAAAAAUUCUUGGAAAUCGCCAUCUUCAAGUACCAUAAGGCUAAAGUCGAGCCCGGGACAGCUGUGGGCGCUGUGGGUGCACAUUCUAUUGGUGAGCCGGGUACUCAGAUGACUUUGAAGACUUUCCAUUUUGCUGGUGUUGCCUCAAUGAAUGUUACGCUAGGUGUCCCCCGUAUUAAGGAAAUUAUUAAUGCCUCUAAAGUGAUUUCAACCCCGAUUAUCAACGCGGUUCUUGUUAACAACAACGAUGAAAGAGCUGCAAGAGUUGUGAAGGGAAGAAUUGAAAAGACUUUGUUAUCAGACGUGGCAUUUUAUAUUCAAGACGUGUACAAAGACAACUUGUCUUUCCUACAAGUGAAGGUUGACCUUGGAACAAUAGAGAAACUGCAACUGGAGUUGACUGUUGAAGAUGUCGCCGUUGCCAUCACAAGAGCUUCAAAGCUCAAAAUAUCUGCUUCAGAUGUCAGCAUAGCUGGCAAAGACAAAAUUAACAUCAAUGUGUAUCCUGAAGGUGCCAAGCUCAAAUCUGUUUCUACUUCCGCUAAAGAACCUCUAGAGAAUGAGAUAUUUUAUAAGAUUCAGCACUUACGUCGUGCUCUGCCAGGCAUUGUUGUCAAAGGGUUGCCGGACAUUGCUAGAGCCGUCAUUAACGUCAAGGAUGAUGGUAGAAGAGAAUUACUCGUGGAAGGCUACGGAUUGCGCGAUGUAAUGACCACGGAUGGUGUUAUAGGGUCGAAAACAAAGACGAAUCAUAUUUUAGAAGUUGUUAGCGUAUUGGGUAUCGAGGCGGCAAGGACUAGUAUCGUUGGAGAAAUCGACUAUACCAUGAGUAAUCACGGUAUGAGUGUUGAUCCUCGUCACGUCCAGCUUCUAGGAGAUGUCAUGACAUACAAGGGUGAAGUACUGGGUAUUACGCGUUUUGGUCUGAGCAAGAUGAGAGACUCUGUUUUGCAGCUGGCAUCAUUUGAAAAGACGACCGAUCACUUGUUUGAUGCCGCAUUUUACAUGAAGAAAGACGCCGUCGAGGGUGUCUCUGAGUGCAUUAUCUUAGGUCAAACAAUGUCCAUCGGUACAGGUGCUUUUAAAGUGGUCAAGGGGACGUCGAUAUCCCCGGAGGAUCUGAAACCAAAGCCAGCUCUAUUUGAAAGUUUGUGUGCCAAUUUCACAGCCUUAAAAGUAAAUUAG